AUGCAACGAAUUCAAAGUUGGUUCGAUCAACUAUCGCUAAACCGCGACGCGCGACGUCGGCGACGUCGCAACACGUCGCGAGUCAAUGACGCGACACGCGACAAAGUCGCCAAUAAAUCGCAGACGACACGGGGACCAGGUGGGUUUUCCUUAUUUUUUUUCACUGCAUUUUAAAUUUGACUUGUGUUUUGGACAAAAAAUUGAGCUUUUUGAUUUCAAAAUUUUCCAAAAAGUCAAAAAUUAUGCAAAUCCAUCAUCAUUUUUUUCAUUUUUCAAAAAAAAAGUUUUUUGAAUAAUCCCCUGACUUACAGUAACCCUCACCAAUUUCAAUUUUCCACCACCGCCUCCAACAAUGCAGGGUUUUGAUGUGAAUUCGAUGCCGAGACGAAAUGUGAGUCGGGGGAUCGGGCCGAAGGAGGCUUAGAAAGACCUAGAGGCCUCUAAAAUUUAUCUAAGCCUAGAAAGGGCCUAAAAGUGGCCUGGGGUGGGCCCGAAAAGCCUAGGAGCCUUGAAAAUUGUCUGGAAGCCUCUGAAAAUGGUUUCAAAAUCCCCUAAAGCUUCUAAGUUCAUCAAAACAUUUUUUUUUUCUAAUUCGAAUUAAUAAAUAGCACAGUGUUUUAUUUAUUUACCUUGUAACCUCGCGAUUUUUUUUGUAACACUUGAGAAGCCAAAAAAACGUGAUUUGUUCAAAUUUGAUCUCGAUGUUUGAGGGCCUAGAAUUCCUGGGCCGCAAUCUGGAUUUCUAGGCCACACAUGUUUCUAGGCCACAUCAAAUCAAAUAAAAGUAAUGUGUAUACUCAUUUACAUACUCUUUUCAUAUCAAACCAAUCCAUCUUAGUCAUUUGUGUGCACGCACUUUUAAUCUGAUUUUUGAAUUAUUUGACAGGAUUGGGGGAGAAGGGGAAUUAGAGGAUUACAUUACAUGAGGGGAGAGAAUUUUGAAUUUUUUUUUCAGAAAUUUGAAAUUAAUUUCCUGAAGUUCAGAACUUUUUGAAAAAUCUAGAAUUCUGGAAAUUUUUUCAGCAUUGUUUUAUUGAUGUUAGAAGUUUAGAAAUUCUAGAAGCAAGAUCUGAAAAUCCUGAAUUUCAAGGUUUUUCUGAAAUCCUAGGCAGUAUUUUAGAAUUAUGGGGUAUUUUUUGGGGUUUUAGGCUAAUUCCAGGCCUCUUUCUAGGCUCAGCUCAAUUUUCCAGGCUUCUAGGCCCUUUCUUAGCCCUUUUUUGAUUUUUUGGAAGCUUUCGGGUAAUCUCUAGGCUUUGCAGGCUUUUUCCUAGGCUAUUUUUAGGCCCUUUCUAGGCUCAGCUCAUUUUUCCAGGCUUCUAAGCUAAUCUAGGCCUUUUUUUUGAUUGUUAGAGGCUUUCAAGCAAUUUUCAUAGCCUUUAGGCUUUCCAAGUUUUUUCCCAAGCUAUUUUAGGCCCUUUCUAGGCUCAGCUCAUUUUUCCAGGCUUCUAGACUAUUCUAGACCUUUUUUUUGGAAGCUUCUAGGCCUUUCAAGUUUUUCUAGGCUCAUCCCAAUUUUUUCCAGAAAAUCCGAACAAAUCCCUGGAUCUCCAGCUCAUCAACAUCAGGCACAAGUUCAAUGACAAGUUCCACGAGAAACUGGGUAACUCUUUUUUUCCUUUUCCCGAAAAUUUUAUAGCCUUAUUAUAUAAAUUUUAUGACCUAAAUAAGGUUUUUGGGUCAUAAAUUUCUGCUAUACAGAAAAAAAUUUAUUACAUUUUUAGGAACCACGAAAUUUGCCAGCUUCAUUGUGUGUGGCGAGUCCGGAUACGAGCAUGUGCAGUUCGGGAUACGCGUCGCAUGAUUCGAGGUGCGUUGCGGAUUGGCGCGCGAAAAUUUGGAGCAUUUUGAUAUCUGAUAAGCCUAGAGCAAAAAAAAUCCACAAUUUUCUACGUUUCAAAUUUUUAUGAAAAAAAAAUAAUUAAAAUUUUUCCACUGUUUCAAAAAUGUGUCAUCUGCUUGCUGGCAGAUGACAUAGCAAAAAUAAAUUACACUAAUCCCUUUUAAUUCAAUUAUGAGCAUAAUAUUUGUUUUGCUCUGAAGGGGUAUGGCUCCAAAAAAAAAUUUUUUUUUCAAAAAAAUUUCUCCUUUCAGCCCUGACACUUCGAUGGUUUGGGGUGGAAAAUAUUUCAACUUCCAACAACAUCAAAAAUGCGCAAAUUUCAUUGAUGAUGAGGAGGAGGAGCUCUAUCAUGAGCUCAUUUUGGGCUCCACAUCGAGUUAUUCGAACUCUCCAGAAUCCCGAGAAGAUGAGCCAAUUUACGCGGAGCCUUGGAGCUCUUCUCAAAUCUCGCCUCGUGACCGAGAACCGAUUGAUUUGGUGAAUUGUAAUUAUCGACCAUUCGAACCGAUUUAUGCACAGCCUUUUGGAGUUAUCAGUGAAAAACGCCGGGAAUUUACGGACGAUGAAUUGGCGAGAGAUGAAUUUUUGCAUGAACUGGAUCAACAGAUUUUGGAGUUGCAGGUAGGAUUUGAAAUUGAGUUGGCCCGGUCCGGGCCGGUCCAGAAUAAGGCCUUUUAGUUUGGGCCGUACUACAGCAAGAUUCACUUGAUCUACAAUUUUUUGGUACAAUUUUUGAGGAUAUGAAGAGUACUGUAGAUCCAUCCAGAUUUUUGUGAUCCACAUUUUUUUUUUGGAAUCUUUUGGCACUGUUUUCCUGAAUGGGUACUGUAGUUCUACCUGGAUUUUCUUUAUCUACAAAUUUUUGGAAAUUCUGAAAGGGUUACUGUAGCUUCAUCUGGAUUUUUUUAUAUACAAAUUUUCUUGAAUCUUUUGGCACAAUUUUUAAAGAGAGAAAAAGUACUGUGGUUUUCCCAUUCUACAGUACCACAAGUUACUACAGUAAUCCUAAAAGCCUAUUCUCAAGUCUAGACAAUGUUUGGAUUACUGUAGGGUCAGCUCCUAUCAACAACAAAUCAAAGCUACAGUAACCUUCUAAACCUAUAUUUAGAUCUAACAAAUUUUUUGGGUUACUGUAGCUACCGUAUCCUAAAGUCAGGUAGACCAACUUUUCAGGAUAUUGUAUCUACCGUACCCUCCUGGUGUUAAAUUACUGUAGAUUCAAUAUUUGGAAAUCCUAGAUCUACAGUAUUCCAAAAAUCUCAAAACAAUAUACCUAGAACAUUUUUCCAAAGUACUGUAGCCUACAGUACCCCCUUGGCCUCAAAAAAUAUCGAUUUUUGCAGCUUCGCUCAGAAGAGUUGCGCGAAAUGGUCGAACGUGCUCGCCACCAACCACGAAACAAAGAAUAUGUGCCGAUUCCGAAACUCGAGUGCACUUUUGAAUUGGCGAUUUGA